AUGUCAAAGACAACGACACAACUCACCUCGUGGCGAUGGCGCAUGGCCAACAGCAAUGGCAACGCCAAAGCUGAAAGCCUACCGAGCCUGGCAGAAUGGACACCAGUCGCAUCGUUCCCCUCUGUGGUCCAGAUGGAACUUCUCGCCCAGAAGCUCAUUCCGGACCCAAACAUUGGCGAGAACGAGCGUCUGAUCCAAUGGGCCGGGGCGGUCGAUUGGGAAUAUGCCUGUUCCUUCGACUCGCCCAAGACGGCGGACGGCCAAUUCGCAGAUCUCGUCUUCGAAGGGCUGGAUACCUUUGCGACUGUCACGCUGAACGGCAAGGAAGUCCUCAGGAGCGACAACAUGUUCAUCCCGCACCGCGUCGGAGUAAAAGAAGCCCUGAGACCGCCCGGCGAGCGGAAUGAGCUCGCCAUUCUGUUCGAAAGCGCCGAAAAGAUUGGAGCAAAGCUCGAGAAGGCCAACGGCUAUCUGAAAUGCAUCAUGAGGGACGCUAGAAGGAACCACAUGAGGAAAGCUCAGGCAAACCAGUACAACUGGGGAUGGGACUGGGGUCCCAUCGUUGUCACGGCAGGCCCUUACCUACCUGUCUCCCUCGAGUCUUACGGCACCCGUAUCGACAAUGUGCACAUUGUCCCCAAGCUCGCUGAUGACCUUAAGUCAGCCAGCAUAUCGACAACGAUUACGGUCUCGCCUAAGAGUACUGCUGCCGCGGCGACCGUUGACAUCGUUGAUGCAGUGGGCGCAAAGGUGGCAACCGCUUCGGUCGACCUCAAGGAUCGCGAGCAGGGAUCCGUCGACAUCAAGAUCGACUCUCCGAAGCUGUGGUGGUGCAACGGACAGGGGGAGGCGCACCUGUACACAGCUGAAGUUGCAAUCACCGGCUCCGACUCGACGAUCCUCGACAAGUCAUCCACGCGCUUUGGCGUGCGGACCAUCGAGGUCAUCCAGCGGCCGCUCGACAAGGAGCCCGGCCUGACCUUCAUGUUCAGGGUGAACGGCCGGGACAUCUUCGCACAAGGCGGCGACUGGAUCCCCGCAGACAACAUGAUCCCGCGCAUUACUCGGCAGCGCUACUUUGAUUGGGCUGAAGUAGCGAAAUACUGCCAUCUGAACAUGAUCCGUGUCUGGGGUGGUGGCAUCUAUGAGACGGAGGACUUCUUUGAUGCUUGCGACGAGAACGGACUUCUCGUGUGGCACGACAUGGGGUUCGCCUGCACCAACACACCAGUGCACGACACGUUCAUCGAGAGCGUCAGGAAGGAAGCUGAAGCCCAGAUCACCAGGUUCAGGAACCGGGCAUCCCUAGCCCUGAUCUGCGGAGGCAACGAGGAUUUCAUGCUUUUUGACCUGGAGGGUAUCAAGUACGACCACUCGGACGUGACAGGUCCUUUCGACGGCCAGCCCUUCCCCCAGCGCAAGAUCUACCUCGACGUCCUCCCCAAGGUCGCCGAGUGCCUCGCCCCCAACGUCUUCUACUGGGCCAACUCGCCGUGGGGCGGCGCGCCGGCCAACGACCCCACCGUCGGCGACAUCCACCAGUGGUCGGUGUGGCACGGCGAGCAGAAGCCGUACCAGGAGUACAAGAAGCUCAGCGGCCGCCUGGUGUCCGAGUUCGGCAUGCACGGCUUCCCCGUGCAGCGCACGGUGGACAACUUCUUCCCCCCAGACGCCCCUGCGUCGGUGCGCCACCCGCAGUCGCGGCUCGUCGACUGCCACAACAAGGGCCACGGCGCGCACACGCGCAUCGCGCGGUACCUGGCCGAGAACUUCCGCUUCGACAUGGCCGACCUCGAGAAUUUCGUCUACUCGUCGCAGCUGAUGCAGACCGAGGCGUACGCGUGCGCGAUGCGCGACUGGAAGCGCCUCUUCCAGGGCCCCGGGCGGGAGCUCUGCGCGGGCGCCAUCAUCUGGCAGCUCAACGACUGCUACCCGGUCACGUCGUGGGCGUUUGUCGACUUCUUCCUGCGGCCCAAGCCGGCGUUCUACGCGAUCCGGCGGGCCUGCGCGCCCGUCUCGGUGGGCGUCGAGCGCGCGCCGGCGACGCGGUGGGUCGACGAGGACAGGCCCGAGUCCAAGGUGCCGCGGUUCGCGCUGUUCGGGCACAACACCGGGCCCGAGGCGGUCGAGUGCGUGCUGGCCCUGCGCGCGUACGACUUCGAGACGGGCCGGUGGACCGAGCUGUCGGCGGAGGACGCUUCGCGCCCGGUCACGCUCGCGCCGGGCCGCAACACGGAGCUGGGAGCGCUGGCGUCGCAGGCUUCGUGGACGGAGGACAGCCUCGUCAUCCUCGAGGCCACGCUGUCGGACAAGUCUGGCAACCAGCUAGCGCGCGCCGUGGACUGGCCGGAGCCGUACCGUUAUCUGUACUGGCCCGACGAUACGUCCGUCUCGGUGCAGGUUGCGCCGGCGCUGGCGCCUUCGUCCCAUUCAGCGGCGACGGCGGGUGGUACCGGGUUCUUUACCGAUGGCGGCUGGGAAGACCGGGUCACGGUCUCGGCUAACCAACCGGUCAAGGGCGUUUGGCUGGAGCCGGUGUACGAUGGCUCGGAGAAGUUUGACGAGUACGAGCCUCUGUGGUCGGACAACAUGUUGGAUCUGAUGCCCGGGCAGGAGGUGGGCGUUCUGGUCAAGGGCUUGAAGGGGAGGAAGGUCAAAGCCAGGUUCCUGGCGGAUUGGGAGGUGAAGAAAGGCAGGGAGUGA